AUGCCGCACCAACCGUGCUGGGUGCCUUUUGUUUACUUCACUUGUCUUUUCCUCGCCUGCAUCAUCGCAGGCCUCAUCGUAACCUUCCUCCCGUCGCAUACAGAGCAAACCAGCCGCAAGAUUUUGACACGCGCUCUAGCUGCUAUCGACUUUCGCAACUGGCUGCGAUAUGGUGCGCACUCUCUAACAGAGGGUAACGUGCUCAGGAAGCGUGGAAAUACAAGUCCGACCCGCAACGAGCUUCUGUGGAAUUCUGUUGGCUUUGGGAUUGUGGCGUACAUCUCUUUCCUCUUGCGCAUGCUCAACCGCGGCUGGGUCUUGAGGAAGAUCCAGAUCGAAGACUAUGGCAUGUGUAUCGUGAUUAUCUUCUUUACCAACCUUCUAAUUUGGGUCAACGUCUCCGCCCGCUUCGAUACCAACCUGUACCCUUCAGAGCAAGAGGCCGCCAUCCUCGCUGAUCCCCAAGAAGUCGCAGAUCGCGUUUUCGGCUCCAAGAUCGUCAUUGCACUGGAACAAUCCAUGCUUCUCACCACCUGGGGCUGCAAGCUGUGCAUCUGGGCUUUCCUCUUCCGCGUCCACCGGAAAACCCGUUACGAAAUCAUGCUGCACUUCCUCCUACUCUACAUCUUCGUCGGCCUCUUGGUAAUUGAAGUUCUGUACUUCUUUUUGUUCUGCACGCCCUUCGCACAAUACUGGGCUGUCCCUGUCGAGAACUCCGAGUGCGCCACUUACCACGUGUACUCCAUCGUGCAGAUGAGCUUCAACGUUUCUUCCGACAUCCUCCUCGUCAUGUCACCCAUGCCCCUCGUCUGGAAGACCAAGCUGCCACUCAAGCGGAAAUUGAUCCUCACAGCCGUCUUCUCCCUCGCUUCCCUCACCAUAGCCUGCGCCAUCAUGAACAAAUUCUAUAACUUCGCCUCCCCCGAUACCACCAUCUACCAGAUCUGGUACCUGCGCGAGGCCUCCGUGAGCGUCACCGUCGCCAACCUGAUCUGCAUCUGGCAGCUCCUGCAGCACUGCUUCCAGUUCCGCUCCUUCGACGACACCCGCAUCGACAUCCGCGACGACAACGGCGCGGCGCAGGUGCGUCGCGCCCGGACUUGGACGUGGCGGCGACCGACGGGCGUGAUACCGUCGAAGACCGACGGCAGCAGAAACAGCACGCUCCGCACCGCCGAUACCGAGUUGGAGGCCCAGGCCCAGGCGCCGAGGGGAGGACCGCUGGGCCGUGACGAACGGCGCAACACGCAGUUUACCCUGACCGGCGACGACGGCGACGCCGGCCCGGCCAUCUUGUACCGCUCGUAUUAUAACAUUUCUUGA